AUGGCGAAACUUCUGGCAACAGUUAAAGCUAUUAUUACUCGUUUAGUGUUCUCAGUACAUAGUUUAAUAGGAAUUUGGCAAGUGACAAUAUUCAAGAAAAAUCCCUUUUACUGGUACCUCAGCUCACCAAUACUUUUAUUAUUUUUCGAAGGAAUAUUUACAUUAACGAUCAAGGAAAAUCAGGAAUGGAAAUGGUUUUGUCCUUCCGUAUUUCUUUAUUUGGCUAGUAUUGUACCAGCAAUAUGGCUCCUAGAAUUGGACAAGGUUGAUCGUCGACUCAGAAUAAAAGAGGAAACUUUCAACUUAACUGCCUCCGCUGGUGAUAACUUCAAAGAACUGAAUAAUCUUAUAGGGGUGCAGAUCAAACUUCCUGAAUUGGCUUUGAGUACUGAAACUUGGAUAACCUUGAUUGAACAAUUUUUGAUGCUCAUUUUGAUAAUAGGAAGGUGGAUGCUACCAAAAGGAGAUCUUACGAGAGAUCAGCUCAGUCAAUUGCUAUUAGUUUAUAUUGGCACAGCAGCAGACAUAAUUGAAUUUUUCGACUCUUUCAAAGACGACAAGAUAGCUUCCGAGCCAAUACUGGUGUUACUUACUUUAGGAAUUUGGUCCUGGAGCUUGAUGCAAUUCACUGUGGUUUUAACUGCAACAAAAUCCCGAAAAUCUCGGCUUACCACUGCAGGAAAUUCUUUCAAAGAAUCCAAUAAUUGUUGUACCAUUGACGUGUGGGGAAUAGCGAUCAAUAUUACUCUUCAAGAUGCACCUUUUCUGGUUUUCAGACUGCUUUUGAUUACCCAUUUCAAGAUUAUCUCUUAUAUGAACGUCUUUUUCACAUGUAAAAACACCUUGGUAAUUUUGCUUCAACUAUACAGGCUAUAUGUGGUACAUAGUGAACACAGAAAGAAGAUGUUGAAGAAGGAACGAAUGGAACUGUCUAAUAUUUCUAUUAUAUCUAGGGGAGAUAUGUAUGACCUGAAAAAGAAACGCACAUCGAGGGCAAAAAAACAAGAAGAAGAAUCUGGAGAUAGUGAUGAUUUGGAAAAAAGAGGAAUUGAAAGAAAGAGGAAGACGAAAAGUAACCGUAAGGACACUGGAUAUUCUACAGGGAGUUCACAUAGUUCGAAUCAUCAUCGACAGAAAUAUUCUGUAAAGCAACAGCCUGAUUUCAAGAGUAUUUCUGAGAAGCACUCAUCUCGAUCGAAAGCAUCUGAUUCGAAGGAAAGAAAAAAAUUGAAGAAUCAAAUGACCCUUUCUGAAGAAAGUGAAACAGAACUUUCUCUACCUAAUACACCAGUGAAAAAGAGUAAUUCGAAAUCCUCUGAGAAGAAAUUUUCCAGGAAAACCACAAAAUCAUUGUCAUCUAGUCGUUCGUCUUCUGAAUGACGCCAUGAAUUAGCCAUUAUGGCAAUAUUUUGCUUGUAUAUUUUCAUUUUCAUUUGCUGUUUGUUAUUUAUUUAUUGUGGAAUAAACAGUGGAGGAUUGGUUAUUGCUAAAGUAUAUAAAAAUAAUGCUACUAUAUGAAA